CGGGACGUCGACAUGCGACCAGCCCACGUGGUCACUUAAUUGUCGGGGCAACCUGGCGGCCAGUGCCCGUCAAUUUUCCACCGGGGGACGAUCUGUCUUGACAAGACGGUGCCUUCUGAGAAAAGAACCGAUCGUCCCAUGAGAGAGUUAACGUAUCUUGGGUUGCAGAAGUGACCAGGGACCUAGCUUAACAGGUGGUUGUUCAGUUGCACCAGCGUCAAUCCAGCGUAAGGACGUGUGUGAAGUGACAGACUACCGGCAUGAUGAAGCCCUACUUCUGCUGGAUGGUGCUGUCCUUGGUGCUACAAGCUGUUCCAUAUGGGCAUGGUCUAAUAGGAACCAUGGUCGAGUGUGGCUCCAAUCAGGAAUGUCCAAAUUUCGAAUACUGCUUCUUUGCUGAACCGGGGGAAAAAGGCAUGUGCCUGGGCCUGGACUGUUAUAAGCAGGAUGAUUGCAAAGAAGGAAGCUUCUGUGACUUUUCAGAAUCCGUCGGUGUUAGGACCCCCAGAGGGGGCUGCGCAAAAGGAUCCAAGCCUCCAGAGAGCGUUCUCUGCAAUCGUGACUCGAUGUGUGAGACGUCGUACUUCUGCGACAUGACUGCCGGACCAGACGGAAACGGAAUGUGCCGGAAACGGCAGAAUCGCCAGCUACACGGAGGGAUCACAGUGUGCUACAAGGAUAUCGACUGUCCCGGCGGGAGAUACUGUGAUAAGCACGACCCUGAGUUGGAGCUCGGCAUCUGCCGGGACCCUCCGCCGUACCCCGUCCUGCCGCCCGAGCCCGAGAAACAACCUGACCGGGGCCCGACCGCACCUGAUGGACAGUACACGGGCAUCCCGUGCAAACAGGACCCAGACUGUGGAGUGAACAGUUACUGCGUACUGCGGAAGGAGCCUGACGGCAGGACUGUGGGAGAAUGUGUGCGGGGCAGCAGAAGGGGAGAGCCCGUCUACUGUUAUGACGACCCCAUGUGCGGAGCAGGCUUCAGGUGUAAACUCUCCCCUAACGGCGUGUACGGGAUCUGUACUGAAGACGACAAGGCACAACCAGACGGGCACGGAGGGAACAUGUUCUGUUACUCGGACUCGGACUGUGACCGGGGAGCCAAGUGUGAGAUGACGGAGAAAGGCGGCAUGUGCACCAACGGUGACACCAACAACAUCACGCCGGAACAGAAGCCGCCUGAGAAGCCCAACUUUUGCUACUCAAACGCUGACUGCGCGGCGGACCGUUACUGUGACGGGGCGCAAUCUCUCGGCUACGGCACCUGUAGACUCGGGCCCCGCGGUCCCGUUCCCGUCCCGUUCUGCUACAACGACCCUGACUGCGGCCAGGGACAGUACUGUGAUGUAGACCAGUACGGAGUGGGGACCUGUCGCAGUGGGAGCCGACCAGUUCCAGCCCCUGCCCCUGCUCCGGCACCCGCUGAGCAGUACUGCUACCGUCCCGAGGAAUGUCCAACGGGGUUUUACUGUGAUCAGACUGGCGGCAAUGGCUUCGGGAUCUGUCGGCAAGGUUCGGGAGGACCACAACCGACGUCGGUAAGUAGAUGCUUCUCUCUGCAGGGUUGUGUGAGCGACGCGUCCUGCCGGAGUGGGGAGUACUGUGUGGUGGAUCCUGCCACUGGAGCCGGGAAAUGCAAAACGAAUAUUUACGGAGACGUUCCCGGAAUAGACAGGAACCCUACGCCCGAGUCCUGCAGAACUGAUGCAGACUGUCCGCGGGGGGCGAUGUGCGAGCAGCGCCCGGCGGUAGGGUACGGGCAAUGCAUCCAGGCACCGCCAGGGGGCAUUGUACAGCCUCGACCGCGACCCCAACCUCAGCCACAGCCACAACCCCAACCGCAACCACAACCUCAACCGGCAAAGUACUGUCUAGAGCAGAGAGACUGUGGCAGCGGGUACACCUGUAACUUCCACUCUGAACUGGGUUACGGGGAGUGUCAACCUGGCAACAUCCGGCCUCAGCCACCGCAGCCAGAUCCGAUUAAGUUUUGUACAGAAGACCAUGACUGCGGUGCUGAUCACUUCUGUGAAGCUAUCGUCAAUGGCUACGGAGUGGCAGGGAUCUGCAAGAGGGGUACACGUGCAGGACCGGUUUUCUACUGCAAUCGUGAUGAGGACUGUUUCGACAUAGGUGUCUGUGACAUCAUGCCUGGCCAGGCAUAUGGAACCUGUGGACUGCCAAAGUACUGCUACCUGAACUCCCACUGUGACCCUGGAAACUUCUGUGACUUCAUCGGACCGGGAACGUACGGUGUCUGCAGGAGAGGGCCGUUCCCUACAGAUGUGAUUUGCUACCAAGACAGGGACUGCAAUGGCGGGCGUUGCAACCUUCUGUACGGCCAGUUUGGAGUGUGUGAGGACAACCCUUACCAACCUCAACCGCAACCUCAACCUGUACCACAACCCCAACCCCAACCACAACCUCAACCCCAGCCACAACCUCAACCCCAGCCACAACCUCAACCAGUGCCACAGUCUGGCUGUGCGAUAUCCCUCUCUGACCUGAGAGGGACCGGAUACGGCACGUUUAAGGAGUGUAAUGUCUACGACGACUGCCCAGCGUACGAGUAUUGCUCCUUCGACAUUUGUGACCAAGGACGCAGGGGCUACUGCAUCGGUCGUGACUGCUACGCUGAGUCGGACUGCCAACAGUACAGCGCCAGGUGUCACAUGGAAGGGGACUACUUCAAAGGCUGGUGCAAGCAGUGACGUCAUACCUCUGUUCCAACAUCCUGCGGUGCUGUAUCAAUUGUGUUUACACAUAUUAAUUAUUAUCCAAUAUGAUACAAACAAGCACAUCGGCAGAACAUACUGCACCUGCGCAGAACCCCGUAUUUUCGCGUUUUUCGUUGGGUUUUUGGUCAACGUUGCAUCGGAA